GUCAGUGCAGUUAACUUGCAGCGGGCUGUGAGGAGAACUAGUGUGUCUUUGUCCUAGGAAAUUUCCCUUGUUCCUGUUCUCUUUCUUUCUUUCUUUUUUUCUCUUUUUUUAUUUGGAAAAAGACUUGAAAAGUUAGUUUUAAAACUGUUGUCUUUGCAUUGAAGGACACAGUAUACCUUUACUUUUCAAAACUUUGGAAGGGAGAGUGUGUGUAUUUUAAUCCCUCCAAUUUUCCUUUAAUAUACUUUGUUUUGAUUAGCUGAAGGCUGCGCCUUGUGCUAGUGAAGUUUAGGAAGCUGGGAACGUACUCGGCUCCAUUUGCCUGGCUUCCCUCUCCCUGAUUCUGGGCAAAAGCAAACAAGCUGGUCUUUUUUGCUAGCCCAAUAAAUGCUAUUUAUGAAGAUGGACCUGUUGAACUACCAAUACUUGGACAAGAUGAACAACAAUAUUGGCAUUCUGUGCUAUGAAGGUGAAGCAGCUCUAAGAGGUGAGCCGAGAAUGCAGUCUCUUCCGGUAUCCUCUGCUUUAACCAACCAUCGAACAGGCCCUCCUCCUAUCAGCCCCAACAAGAGAAAGCUCAGCAUGGACCAAGGGGAUGAUGAGCUAGACUGUGAAAAUGAACACGUUUCUAAAAUGAGUCGAAUAUUCAAUCCGCAUCUAAACAAGACUGCCAAUGGAGAUUAUCGGAAGGAGCACAGAGAGAGGAGUCGCAGCCCGAUCGAGAGGGCUGCUGCCCCAACAAUGAGCCUUCACGCCAACCACAUGUACGCCUCAAUCCCAAGCUUGACCAUGGAUCAACCUCUAGCACUGACCAAAAACAGCAUGGAUGCAGCCCGGACAGUUGGCAUCACACCUACUCUGACUUCUGUGGAGCGGCAGCAGAACCGUCCAUCUGUAAUCACAUGUGCUUCUGCGAACAACCGGAACUGUAACCUCUCCCACUGCCCCAUUGCUCACAGUGGCUGUGGUUCAGCAGUGCCUGCCUACAGAAGACCGUCUAGCACUACCACCGCCUGUGACCCAGUGGUGGAAGAGCACUUCCGCCGAAGCCUUGGCAAGAAUUACAAGGAGCCUGAGCCAGUGGCAAACUCUGUGUCCAUCACAGGAUCAGUCGAUGACCACUUUGCCAAAGCACUUGGGGAUACAUGGCUUCAGAUUAAAGCUGCGAAGGACGGCGUGUCCAGCAGUCCUGAGUCUGCUUCACGGCGGGGCCAGUCUUCCCCUUCCUCCCACAUGGUCAAUCAUAAUCACUCGCCCUCUGUAGUCUCAUGAAGAGAGGACCGUUGGUUUGUGAAUUUGCAUGGUUUGACUGAGCUUUGAACAGUGCUUAAAGUAGUGUUGGGGGAGGGGAGAUUAGUUUUCAACACAUGUUUUUGAGUACUCACUUUUUAUUUGUAAAAGGGUGCCCUUAAAGAUGAUAGCAGGAACUAUUUCAUAAAGAUUCAUAUGAUGUAGCAUCCUUUUUUUUUUUUCCUGCCUCAAUUACCAAAGAAACCUCUGAUGCAAAUCUGCUGCCCCUUUAAAAAAAAAAUGCACGCUAAUCCACAAAAGCCAUUACACAUAGUUGGUUGACCCAAAUGCUUUUUGCUUUAGUAGCUUCUUGCAACUAGAAUUUGUCUGGUUUGCUUACAUUGCUUUUUUUUUCUCUCUCUCUGUGAAGUAAUUUUGUAUGUAUAUACUUGAAAAGAACUGUCAUGUAUGAUUUGCACUAUUGGAGGAGGACUGAAGUUGCAUAGCAACUUUCUGGAAGAUGCUAAUAUUUUGAGGGCAAACUGCUGAAAAAAGGGUUUAAGGAUGACAUUUCUAUCAGUUUGAUUUUUCUUAAAGCAAAACAGCUUUGGAAGGGGAAGUCUCAUACAGGUUAUAGGUCUUUCUCUCUUUAGAUUUCAGGUGCUUAGUGCUUGCAACUGGACUGCAUAAUUUACAGAACACGGGCAUUUUUUCCUAAACACUGCAGUUUGUUAGAAUAGAGCUGAGGUUGGAGGGUUCAAUAGUGCUUAACGAUGCAUGUUUUAUGAAAAAUAGCUGGUAUCUAUUAAUGUAUAGACAGUAAGAAUCAUAAUACUUAUUAGCUUUUCUUCAGAAUUAGUUUAUUUUUGUCAGUAACAAUCCUAGAUAUACUUACUGCUGGUACAGUUGUACUCUAUGAUAUUUGUAUUUGAUAUUCACUUUAGUAGCAGCCAGCAAAAGAGGACAGCCUCAGGACAGGCCUCAAAUGAUGCAGUUUAGAAAUAUAUGAUGCGUGGUACAGGAUGCUAUAGCUUUGCGCAAGACUGAGUAAUUGUUUCUGUCUGCAGCACUGUCUGCUUAACAGGAAUUUGCUUCCUAAAACUAAGUCUGUGUAAUCCACCUUUAACUAGCUGCAGAAACUGCUACCAUUACGUAUCUUGGCUGGACAACAGAUUGUUACAGUUUGUGAAAUAUGAUCUUUAAUUUUUUUUAAGCUUAUUCAUAAACCUAUGCCAAGUUGCAGCAUACAUUCCUCCAUUAGAAAACUUUAUACAGGUAUUACUGCAUUUAUUAUCAUUUGCUAUAUUAAUAGCUACUAACUAGAAAUUAGGCUAUAGAGGCAGGCAUAAAACCACAGCUGUGCUAGUACUAAGAGCUUCUCUUCUUGUUAAGUAUAACUACUCUCCCCCAUACAUUCCAUCUUCCCAGUACAGUUGCAACUAGUUUUUGUUUGUUUGUUUGUUUGUUAAUACUGGGUUACCUGAAAUGAUUGAUUGGUUCAGUGUAGAAAGUUAGAACUAGUUGGAAGAUAAACUACACGUGAUGUAUUAUGGACUAUGUUACAGUAUUGGGUCCAUUGUGGCUUUUAUUUUAAGGUUUUUUAAAGUUAAGCUAAUUAAUUUGGAAAAGGUGCAGGGUAGAAGAAGAUCAGGAGAUUGGCUCUUACUCUUGUUGAAGGUGGCUGCUCAAUUUUCUUUAAAGUUAAAAAAAAAAAAAAAAAAAAAAGAAAAGAAAAAAAGAGAAAAAAAACC